GCGCUCUGCCGUUAACUGCGCAUGCGUGGACCGACUCACACACACGCACACCGAAUGCGAGUCGCUCUGCUCGUCAUCUGAAGCGUCCCCAAAUAAAAAGCAACAUCGGUCAAAUCUUGACAGGCGACAAAGCAGAAAGUGACCCCCGCAGAAAAAAAAGAGAGAGAGAGAGAGUAGGAGGGGCGAGGGAGCCAGGGAGGCAGCUGGAGGGCAGACCUGACCGAGCCAGUGAGGGAAAAGCGAGACAGAGUGGGAAAGAGCUCUCACUCUGGCUCUACUAGGAAAACAUCGGUCCGCUGUGUUUGUGUGCGAGAGUUUUUUUUUUUUUCCCCCUUUACGGACUAAGCAGCUCACUUGACUUUUCCACUUUUUCUCGCUGGCAGUAAACCUUGCUCCGAGGAAGCGCAACUGAUGGUUGACGUGAGCGCAGCAGCACUGCCCUCGCAGGUGCCCCCCACCGCCACAACCAUCCUCCCCAUGGACCUGCGGAUGGUUGACCACCAUCAUCAUCACCGCCACCAUCACCACCAGCAGCAGCAGCAGACCCCGUAUGGAUUGCACCCGGCACCGCCCGACGAGCCGAACAACGGGCCCGUCGUCGGCCACCAAGAGCAGCAGCUGCAGCAGGAGCUGGUGGCUCUCAAACACAAGCAGCAGCUCCAGAGGCAGUUACUCAUCGCUGAGUUCCAGAGGCAGCAUGAACAGCUGUCCAGGCAACAUGAAGCUCAGCUGCAUGAUCACGUCCAGCACCAGCAGGAUCUGAUGACGCUGAAACAUCAGCAGGAGCUGCUGGAGCACCAGCGCAAGGUGGAGCAGCAGCAGCAGCAGCGGCAGCGGCAGCAACGCAACGAGCAGCAGCUGGAGAAGCAGCACCGCGAACACAAGCUCCUGCAGCUCAAAAACAAGGAACGCGGACAAGAGAGCGCGGUGGCCAGCGCCGAGGUCAAGAUGCGACUCCAAGAGUUUGUCCUCAACAAGAAGAAAGCCUUGGCUCAUCGAAACCUCAACCACUGUCUGUCGGGCGAUCCGCGCUACUGGUACGGGAAAACCCAACACAGUUCUCUGGAUCAAAGCUCCCCCCCACAAGCGCUGAUGUCAGCAUACCAGCACGCAGCGCUGGGCACGUACGACGCAAAAGACGACUUCCCGCUCCGCAAAACGGCCUCGGAACCCAACCUGAAGCUGCGCUCGCGGCUCAAGCAGAAAGUGACGGAGCGCCGCAGCAGCCCUCUCCUCCGCAGGAAAGACGGCCCCGUCCCCGCGGCCAAGAAACGCUCCCUGGAUAUCGCCGACUCGGCGUGCAGCAGCGCCCCCGGCUCGGGUCCCAGCUCCCCCAGCAACAGCUCCAGCAACAUCCCCCACGAGAACGGCGUGCCCAUACCCGGCAGCCCGGGAGAGACGUCCCUGCUUCAGCGUCUGGUUUUGAGGGACGGCUCCGUCAGCCAUUUCUCGCUUUACACCUCCCCGUCGCUGCCCAACAUCACCCUGGGGCUGCCGGCCGCCGCUUGUCCCGGAAGCGCCGCAAUAUCAGGACAUCAAGACGCGGAGAGCCGCCUGGCCUUGCCCGGCGCCGCCGCCAUUCCUUUGACUCCCCCUUUCCUGCCCGCCGCCGCCUACUUGGCAUCUUCAGGUCUGGAGCGAGAGGGGGCGGGAAGCGGCGCGGCUGGCCACGCCCCCCUUCUGCAACACAUGGUGCUGUUGGAGCAGAGCCACAGUCCAAUGGUCGGCUUAGGCGGCCUGACGCUGGCGGCGCCUUCCGUGUCCAAGCUGGCGCGGGGCCAUCACCCGCUGGGUCGGACCCAGUCGGCGCCCCUUCCGCAGCAGCCGUGCGCUCAGGCCCAGGCCCUGCAGCAGCUGGUGGUCCAACAGCAGCACCAGCAGUUCCUGGAGAAGCACAAGCAGCAGUUCCAGCAUCAGCAGCAUAUCAUCAGCAAGAUGAUGUCCAAGACUGGCGAGCAGAGCUCGGCCGCCGGCUCCACGGCGAGCGUGUCGUCGAGGCAGCACCAGAGUCACCCGGAGGAGACGGAAGAGGAGCUGAGGGAGCACCAGGGGCUCCCGUCCUCCUCGCCGGCCUUUUGCUCCGUGGCCAUCAAGCAGGAGCCCCUCGACCCUCCCGAGCAGGACAACAGACAGGCCGAGCAGGAGCUCCUCUUCCGACAGCAGCAAGCCCAGCUGUUGGAGCAGCAGCGCAUCCAGCAGCUGAGGAGCUACCGGGCAUCCAUGGAGGCGGUCGGCUUGCCGGUUAGCCUGGCCGCCCACCGCCCCCUCUCCAGGGCCCAGUCCUCUCCGGCGGCGGCCUCCUUCGCCAUGAUGGUGCAGGAGCCGGCCGUCAAGACGCGUUUCACCACAGGUCUGGUGUACGACUCGUUGAUGCACAAGCACCAGUGUAUGUGCGGCAACACAAACAGCCACCCGGAACACGCGGGUCGCAUCCAGAGCAUUUGGUCGCGUCUGCAGGAGACGGGCCUCAGAGGACACUGCGAGUGCAUCCGGGGAAGGAAAGCCACUCUUGAGGAACUCCAGACGGUCCACUCUGAAGCUCACGUUCUGCUGUAUGGAACCAACCCGCUGCGGCAGAAGCUGGACUGUUCCGUCAGUCCCAUGUUUGUGAGAUUGCCAUGCGGCGGCAUCGGGGUGGACAGCGACACCAUUUGGAACGAGGUCCAUUCGUCCAGCGCGGCUCGACUGGCCGUCGGCUCGGUGGUGGAACUGGUCUUUAAAGUAGCGUCGGGAGAGCUGAAGAAUGGUUUUGCGGUGGUGCGACCGCCUGGACACCACGCUGAGGAGAGCACGCCCAUGGGAUUCUGUUACUUCAACUCGGUGGCCAUCGCGGCCAAGCUCCUGCAACAGAGGCUCAAUGUCAGCAAGAUCCUCAUUGUGGACUGGGACGUUCACCACGGCAACGGCACUCAGCAAGCUUUCUACUCGGACCCCAGCGUUCUUUACCUGUCGCUGCAUCGUUACGACGACGGCAACUUUUUCCCAGGGAGCGGCGCCCCCGAUGAGGUCGGCAGCGGUCCCGGUACCGGCUUCAACGUGAACAUGGCCUUCACCGGAGGACUCGAACCACCCAUGGGGGAUGCCGAGUACUUGGCGGCUUUCAGGACGGUGGUGAUGCCGAUAGCCAACGAGUUUGCGCCAGACAUGGUUCUGGUAUCAUCUGGGUUUGAUCCCGUGGACGGACAUGCUCCCCCUUUGGGUGGAUACACGCUGACCGGCAAAUGUUUCGGCUACCUGACCAGGCAGCUGAUGGGUCUGGCAGGAGGUCGGCUGGUACUCGCCCUGGAGGGAGGCCAUGACCUCACCGCCAUAUGUGACGCGUCUGAGGCCUGCGUCUCCGCUCUGCUCGGCAACGAGUUGGAGCCCAUUCCGGACGAGGUCUUGCAGCGGAGACCCAACGCCAACGCCGUCCACUCGAUGGAGAAAGUUCUUGAAGCUCACAGUAAAUACUGGUGCUCACUACAACGCUCUGCCUCCACGCCGGCUUGCUCAUUGAGCGAAGCCCUACGGCGAGACGCGGACGAGGCGGAAACCGUCUCCGCUAUGGCCUCGCUCUCCGUCGCCAACAAGCACUUUGGAAAGAAGACUGAAGAGGAACCGAUGGAAGAGGACGCCCCCGUGUAAAGCGUCCCCGUUUGCCUUUUCCAGCACUGAGACUUUGCCACUCCGGCCCGUGUCAUCCCACACCGCGUACUGGACUGGACUGGACAGGACAGGUCGGCACAAGCAUUAUCUUGAUAUGUACAAAUGGAAACGAGUGGAAGAGCACGAGCAUCUUUAGUGCCAAGUACUUCCCCCCCCCCACACUCGAGUGACACCCGAUUUUAUUUUUUGAACGCCAGUCAACAACGGACACAAUACAGACGGAGCGGCCGCAUCCUUGAGCACGUUUUCAUCAAAGGUGGUGGUGAAGAAUGUGAUUGUGCACUUGGGUUGGAACCUUCCCGCAUUUUCCCCAGCUUCAUUAUCUGAAAGAAUGGAACAAAGAGAUCAAUUGGGUGACAUUUUUUUCCAACAUGGUCCUUCUCAUUCCAAAAUGGCGGAGCGUGUGGAAGAAGAGUGAGUGCAUUUGUGCCUUUUUUUAUUUUGGGGGGAUAUUUUUGGAUACUUGCUUUGCCUUAAAAAGGGGCCCCAAAAUAACGCCGUCUCCCGAUUCCACACGACUCGGCGACACAUCGAGUGUGUGCGUCACCAAACUUGCCUUGUCAACCUUUGAGGCUUACUUACUUACUUAAAUGGCCUUGUUUUUUUUUUCCAGUCUCAUCUCGGUAGGUGAGAUCCAAACGUCCAUUGGAGGCACUUACACGUAGCGUAGCAUGCACUGAUAAAUAGAAAGCCAUGUUCCAAAUUGUUCAACAUUAGCGAUAGCGUCGCUUUAAAACGGAGACAGAAAUGGUCGGAGAAUGUUUGAACGUUAUUAAUUAGGUUAAAAGCGUCUUACACCAAUCAAAUUGCUAUUUGAAAGGCUUCACGUUAUUGAUCCCAAAUGACGUUCUGUAUGCAAGUAGCUUGCAUUUUUUCUGCCUUUUUGAGUUUAUUAGCCCAACACUGGAGUGUUGCCACAUCUUGCGCAACUUUCAUCUUUGCCCCAACAUUGAGAUCAUCGUUAGCUCUCAAAAGUGCAUUUUUGUGGUUUGUUGGACAUUUUGACAUCAAUUUUCCGAGCACAAACUUUUGUUUUGUGCACCGUUGCAGGGAUGUUGUGACCUUUUUCUUUCUCAUUGUGUAUAUUUUGUCACAAAGCUGACAAGACUCAUGAGGGUCUGGAAAUGGACUAAAGGCUUUGUGUGUGCGGGUUUCUACUUUGUAUACAAUUGUGCAUCGUCUGUUCAUAGUAGAGUUGUAUACUAUAUAUGAAAAAGAAAUGAUUAUAUUGUAUAAUGAGUAUGUUGCGUGUACAUAGUAGGCCGCCUGAAGAUGCCGUUUGUUGUCCUCGCUUCCAUUUUGCUUUCUUUUCUUUUUUUACGCGCCGUCAUUUGGGAUGCCCAUGGGCUGGUCUGCUUCCUUUAGUCUUGCGCAUAUUUGUACUUUUCCAAACGCUCCUUGUCUAUUGCUGAACAUGCAUUUUUUUUAUAUGGCACCUGUUACAUUUGAAUCAUUCAAAAAAAAACUGAGACCAACAUUAAAUCUGGAUUUUACAUUUCAUAAA